AAAUCUCAUCAUUUUAAUAAGGCCUCAAAAUUUAAAAAGAAAAAAACCUUCUUUAUUUUUUCCUCCUUUUAAUGCAUGUUCUGAGAUACCCAGUUCUGCUUUUCAGCUUAUUUUAUCAGUUUUGUAUUGACUUUUAGUUGCAUUCUUUAAGCUUUGAUGAAUUAAACUUUCCCUUUUGUCUGUCUGGGCUUUCCCUAUAAUUCAGGGUUUUCAAGAAUGUCAGUAAUCAGUUUCAAGCAUGUUUAUGAUAAUAAGUACCUAUGUUUCUUAAAGUUGUUUGCUUAGUGGUUAGGAAUUCAGGGCUUUUACAUUGAUCUUUAGUGGAAAAUAUUCGGCUGUGUCACUCAUUAUUGAUUCCCAUAAGUGCUAAGCUAUGAUCAUCUUUUUUCUUCAUCCUUUCCUGGUUUCCCUCUUCUUGGUACCCCUUCUCCAACGAUCAUGAGGAUUGAAUUUUUCCCUAACUUAAAGGUUGCUUGAAUAUUUGAAUUCUUUAAUGUAUAUAUUUUAUAAUUAAGUGCUUAAGUUGCAUUCUUUAAUGUAAAUUGAGACCCUUUUUGCACUUUAGCCAAAAAGCUUGAUAAUCUUGCUUCACGCUUGCAUUCUUUGACUUGCAUCGUUCCGUACAAUGAAAGCUAGUUAAAGUUUUUGCUUUGGAGGAUUUUAUGGGCUAUGGCUGUCCCCAAGGCUCAUCCUUUUAUUACUUUUGACCUGAACGAAAAUUUUUUAUGGUGCAUUUAAGCAGGUCUUGGAGUAGAUUAAGGCACCUUUCUUGGGAUUACAGGAUUAAUUCUAACUCCACCAGUUAAAUAGUUUUGGCAUUAAAGUAAUGGUACUUUUGGAUAUGUUAAUGUUGAAAUAAGGCUAGUUGAUAUUAGAAAAUUGAAAAACAAUACUUAAAAUGAUCAUGGUAUUUUCAAUUAGAUUUUAGAAGCAGCGAGCAAGUUUUUGGCUUUCAUUUUGUACCUAUGCAAGGAUAGAUGAGAGCUUGGGACCACUGAGGAUUAUUGACCUCAGAAUCAUCCAUAAGUAAGGGUGCCCCAAGAUGGAAGUGCCUAUUACCUCUUUCUGACCUCAGAACCUACUUGACCUUACCUUACCUCUUAUCUUAGCUAUCUCUCCAAAAGAAAUGGCCUUGUCCAUGGAAUUGCAAUGGUUUCAGCGUUAUAAAGUGUUGAAUGAACACAGAUGAUUUCUACAUUAUCAAGCUACCUUUACUAAUGUUGGCUUCUAAAAUUUUAUUUUAAAUACCUACAAGUAGGUUCCUUUUGCCUGGCUUUAUCUGAGUGAAAUUUUAAGACAAUGUACCCCGGUGGUUACACUGCUGAAAUUACAAGCUUAUCUCCAAAAGCUACUGAGAAGGAUGUUCGUGACUUUUUCGCUUAUUGUGGCGCAAUUGAGCAUGUUGAAAUUAUAAGAAUUUCUUCAGGUUAUGAUUCCCAUAAUUUGUACAAAUGUAACUUAGCAGCAAGUGAGGAUACUAGCUCAACGGUUACUCAUAUGGAUCAUUUUGUUUCUACUCCUGGAGAAGCCGUGACUGUUGUCAAAAAAAUGCUAGCCAAGGGCUAUAUUUUGGGCAAAGAUGCCCUUUUCAAGGCCAAAGAACUUGACGAGUCCUAUCAGGUCUCAGCUACUGCAGCAGCCAAGGUUUCUGAGCUUAGCAAUAAAAUUGGCCUAACUGACAAGAUCAACACCAGUAUGGAAACGAUAAAAUCAGUGGAUGAGAAGUAUCAUGUUUCAGACAUCACUAAAUCUGUAGCAUCAGUCACUGGAACUGCAGCUGUAACAGCGGCAUCUUUUACAGGGAGAACUGCUGUAGCAGCUGCCAAUGCUGUAGUCAAUAGCAGCUACUUUGCCAAAGGAGCACUUUGGGUUUCUGGCAUGUUGAGCCGUGCAGCUCAAGCCACAGCUGAUUUGGGUAGCCAUGGAAAUAAGGAAACAGAAACUUAAGUUUCACAUUCAACCCUAUUUAGUUGUUUUCCCCAUCCUUUGUGUUUGCAUAAAAAUAAAUGGUCUUCCGUUUCAUAUCGGUCUAGUAUACACAACCGUAUAAAGACUUAAAGUUUAGUCAUGCCCUGAUUUCGGCAGGUUAGAUGGGUGUAAAUGUAGGAUUGAUAAAUGACAUGUUUGUGUGUUUGUUUGUUUAAUUUGAUGCAUAACUUCAUGCUUUAA